ACGGAAUGUGUGAGCAGCAAAGAUAUGAAGGUGUCAUUUUGAAUUUCAAAGGGGAGAGAGGUGGUUCAUCGGUCCUCUGUGUGUUUGCUGAGCGCAGCCUCAGCUGCAGGCAUUUCCUUUGAGCGAGUCUCCGAUAAACCUGCUCGCCCCCAGCCGGGAGCUGAUUGGUGGAAGGAAGGGGCCAGUGCAUAUACAGUGUGUUCGGAUGUCGUGAAGAGUUUCAGCUCUUUUCUUGUCCAGCGACGAAGAGUGAAACCAUGCCUGUCUUUUCUGGAAGUCCACACAUGGAAGCUGCUGCUGCUGGUUGUCCCCAUGCGUCCAGCCUGAGAAAUCCAGACUUGCCUGAGGACUUGAAGACCAACGGUACCAGCAGCAUACACUCCAAUGGGCACCAGCUGCCGGCAGACUCAGGAGAGAGCCGGCAUGAUGGAGGGGAGACUUCUGAAGAUGAGAGGAAAUGGACCCGGCCCGACUUACCCAGCAAAUGCACCUGGAGGCUCGGCGCACCGGAGUCCGAGUCCCCACACAGCAAGGCGGAACCCCUCCCAACACCAAACAUCCUGCCAAACAUCCUCUGGAAAGUCGGAAACACACCCAUGGUGCGUUUGAACCGAAUCCCCAAAGAGUUUGGUCUCAAGUGCGAAAUGUUGGUCAAGUGCGAGUUCUUCAAUGCCAGUGGAAGUAGCAAGGACAGGAUUGCAGUCCGUAUGGUGGACGACGCUGAGAAGGCCGGGAUCCUCAAACCAGGGGACACCAUCAUCGAGCCGUCGUCUGGAAACACAGGAAUCGGUCUGUGCCUAGCAGCUGCAGUGAAGGGAUAUCGCUGUAUCAUCACGAUGGCUGAGAGGAUGAGCAUGGAAAAGGUGGAUCUGAUGAAAGCUCUCGGGGCAGAAAUAGUCCGCACUCCAAAUUCGGCACCCUUCACCUCGCCAGAGUCCAACGUCGGCGUUGCCUGGCGCCUGAAGAGCGAGAUCCCCAACUCACACAUCCUCGACCAGUACCGGAGUCCCAGCAACCCUCUGGUUCACUACGAGACCACGGCGGAGGAGAUCCUGCAACAGUGCGACGGUAAAGUGGACAUGGUGGUGGCUGGAGGCGGAACCGGCGGAACUCUGACUGGGCUGGCUCGGAAGCUGAAGGAGAAGUGUCCCAACGUUAAGGUUGUCGCUGUGGUCCCUGAAGGCUCUAUUGUAGGUGGCCCUGGAAAACAAGGACCCAGAGCUCCGUUUGAAGUGGAGGGAAUCGGUUAUGAGUUCCUCCCCACAGUCUUGGACUGCUCUCUCAUCGACCACUGGUACAAAUCCAGUGACAAGGAUUCGUUCAACAUGGCGCGGAAGAUGAUCAAAGAGGAGGGACUUCUGUGCGGCGGCAGCUCUGGGUCGGCGCUGGUGGCUGCGCUGAAGCUCGCUCAGCAGCUGGAGGAAGGACAGCGCUGCGUGGUCAUCCUGCCCGACUCUGUCCGCAACUACAUGUCAAAGUUCCUGAAUGACCAAUGGAUGAUUGACAGGGGUCACAUGAGCCCCGAGCCUGGGCUGGACGUCAAACCCUGGUGGUGGAACCUGGACGUCCAGUCGCUCUCGCUGCUCACCCCCGUCACCAUCCCGUCAACCAUGUCCUGCCAGAAAGCCAUCAAAGCCUUGAAAGAUGCGUCGCUUCAGCAUGCCGCCGUCACCGACGAGUCUGGGGCUUUGUUGGGGAUGGUGACCGUGAAGAACAUUCUGACCAACAUGGCUGCCGGGAAGGUCACCUCUACGGAAGACGUCACCAAAGUCAUCUGCAAAAAUUUCAAGCAGGUGCGCGAGUGCGACAGCCUGGGGAAGCUCUACGGUGUCCUGGCUGCAGAACCAUUCGUGGUCGUCAUGUCCGAGCAGAGUAAGGGUGAACGUCAAACGUUUGCCGUCGUCACUUCACUGGACCUUCUCACCUUCAUCGCCUCAGAGGAAAAGAAGAGCCACUCUCCAGGAGACCAUUAGCUUUUCGCUUCUUACCUGCCUUGAUCAUAUGUAAUAUUUUUUCAAUCCAUCACCCCGUUUGUGGCGAAAUCCACUUAUUUCAGUUGUUGAAUGAUUUCAUCAUUGUUCUGCUGUCCAACUUGGCUCCUGCUGGUGAUGCGUAGAUAUGGUAUCAUGAAGCAGUGUGCUCAUUUUCAGAGGCAACUAGAUGGUGCUCUUGGUUGAAAUGAUGUGAGGUUUCAAAGCUGAUUUUUCCCCCUCACCAACUGUGUUAUUGCGUCUUUUGCCAGUAGGUGGCAUCAAAAUGUUUACACGUAUCAUGACCUAACUGAGCAGCAAUAAAGCCUGCUUGUUUUUAUUUACAUUUGUUCUCUUCUUAUUUUUGCUGUUAAGGAUGUUUUUUUUCUUCUUCUGAUGUUCCUAUGUCAAUAUCUUUGUUAGCAAAAUUAUCAGUCAAGUUUGGUUUGAAUUUCAGUGACGGUUUCAGGAAUUUGGAGGACCAGACUAAGUGCGACACGUGUUUGAAUUUACAGUGUGAUUUUGUUCUGAAACACUUCUGCCACCUUUCUGCCAGGCGAAUUUGAAUUUGUUUGUAAUAUCAAUGCUAUUCCAAGAUGCCAAAAACGGUUAGAUAGAUGAAGUUAUUAUUUAUUAAAUGAUCCUUUAG